AUGUCUUUGAAACAGGCCGUCGCCAAAAAAUUGAUGGAUGAAAUAAUUAUCCCCUUGAGAAAGCCUAAAGAUUGGAAAGUUCUCGUUCUGGAUCGAUUAGCCACUAGAAUUGUAUCUUCGUGUUGUAAGAUGCACGAGAUAAUGAAUAACGGCAUAACAUUGGUUGAAGACAUUUUUAAGAAAAGGGAAGUGCUGCCGAUUGAGGCAAUAUACUUGAUCACUCCUACAGAUGAAUCUUUAAAACUUCUAAUGGAGGAUUUUCAAGGGUCUCAGAGUCAAUAUCGUUAUGCCCACGUUUUCUUCACCGAAGCUUGCCCAGAUGAGCUGUUCAACCGGCUUUGCCAGUCGAAUUCCGCCAUAUUUUUAAAAACGCUUAAAGAAAUCAACAUAGCUUUUCUACCGGUUGAAUCUCGAGUCUUUUCGUUGGAUUCACCCAUGAGCUUUCAAUAUUACUUCAAUCCAGUAGCCAGACAACAGGGUUCGGGACAACAACUUGAGCGAAUCGCUGAACAGAUUGCAACGUUGUGUGCCACAUUAGGUGAAUAUCCCGUUAUUCGUUACCGCACUCAGUUUGAAAGGAACGCCGAGUUCGCACAGUUAGUUCAACAAAAAUUGGAUGCAUACAAAGCGGACGAUCCUCAAAUGGGCGAGGGUCCACAAAAAGAAAGAAGUCAAUUGAUUUUACUUGACCGGGGAUUCGAUCCUAUCUCACCUAUUUUACAUGAACUCACUUUCCAAGCCAUGGCUUACGACUUACUGGCAAUUGAAAAUGAUGUUUACCGUUACAUCAACACAUCAGGUCCUGAGGAGCGUGUUAAAGAAAUUAUCUUGGAUGAAACUGAUGAGCUUUGGUGUGAACUUCGUCAUCAACACAUAGCAGUCGUUUCACAACAGGUUACUAGCAAAUUGAAAAAGUUCGCUGAAGAUAAACGUAUGGUUAACGCAGGCGAUAAAACUACAAUGCGUGAUUUAAGUCAAAUGUUAAAAAAAAUGCCUCAAUAUCAAAAAGAGUUAUCCAUGUAUUCAACACAUUUUCAUUUAGCUGAGGAUUGUAUGCAAACCUAUCAAAAUCAUGCUAAUAAACUAUGUAAAGUCGAACAAGAUUUAGCCAUGGGUACUGAUGCAGAAGGUGAACGAGUCAAAGAUCAUAUGCGUACAAUGGUUCCUAUUUUAAUUGAUCAGUCAGUUUCAGCAUAUGAUAAACUUCGUGUGAUUCUUUUGUAUGUUAUACAACGGGGCGGUAUAAAUGAAGAAAAUUUAGCUAAAUUAGUUCAACAUGCUCAAAUUCCCUCAUCACAGGCGUGUAUUGUGCGUAAUUUGAUGCAUUUAGGAGUUCCUGCUAUCCAGGAUGCUUCAGGAGCUGGUAUAGGGAGGCGUAAACUUCCUCAGCCUUAUUUGCCUGCUAAUCGACGUCAACGGGAGGAUGGUCCACGAUAUCAAAUGUCUCGAUGGACACCUUAUAUCAAAGAUCUUAUGGAGGAUGCUGCUGAAGAUAAAUUGGAUCCGAAAUUAUUUCAGUACUUUGGUGGUGGCCCUGUUCGUGGUCCUGGAACGCGUACAGGAAAUGCACCAAUGUCUGCAAGAUAUGGAAUGUGGCAUCGGGAUAAAAGUCAACAACCACGUUCUGGACCUAGACUAAUAUUCUUUGUAAUCGGUGGAAUAUCCUAUUCAGAAAUCCGUUGUGCAUAUGAAUUAAUGAAUACUGCGCUAGGUAAACAAUGGGAUAUUAUCGUUGGUGGUACCCAUAUACUCGUGCCGGAAGCAUUCCUAAAGGAUUUGGAGAAACUGUCUUAUCCACCAGGGACAGCGCCUCCAUCGGUUAGCAGUGGGACAUCAGUUAUUGUAGGUGCUGGCGGGGAAGCAGUGUGA